GAUUGUGAUGAAAUGCAUGCUGAGGCACAUGCCUUGGGAGCUAAGUGGCAGCUAUACUUCACCACUAUGGCAGUAAAGAUGACUUUAAAGACGGGCGGGGGAUGGAUCCUUUCAAACGUACUUGAGCUGGGAUGCCCAGCUUGUGGAACGCACAGCAGGAGAAGGAACAUCUGAAGGAACACCUGACGAGGCUGCACCCUUGGCAGAAAGAACACCUGACAUGGCUGAAAGCUUGGUGGAAAAACCACCUGAUGAGGCUGCACCCUUGGUGGAGGGAACAGCUGACAAAAUUCAAUGUUUGGGGAAAGCAACAUCUGGAAAGUUUGAACAGUCAGCAGAAGAAACACCUAAGAAAAUUAUGAGGACUGCAAAAGAAACAUCUGAGAAAUUUGCAUGGCCAGCAAAAGAAAGACCUAGGAAGAUCACAUGGGAGGAAAAAGAAACAUCUGUAAAGACUGAAUGCGUGGCAGGAGUAACACCUAAUAAAACUGAAGUUUUGGAAAAAGGAACAUCUAAGAUGCUCACAUGUCCUACAAAAGAAACAUCUACAAAAGCAAGUACAAAUGUGGAUGUGAGUUCUGUAGAGUCUAUAUUCAGGUUCAGCUUUUCAACAUUUCAAAUAUUUCAGGGCACUCUCUGCAGUGUUUUAGAGUGAAGGGAAGCAACAGGGCCUUCUUAAGUGGUUUUUAUGCUGAAAAACAAAGAAUGUCAUUUUCCAGUGACACAGAUUAGUCUUUGAAUCAGAGAUAGAUAAUGGAGAAGAAACAAGAAGGAAGCAACAAAGACAGCAACUGAACAACAAGAAAAUGAUGUUGGCAUUAUUGAAUGAGCGCCAUAAGAUCUAACAAAUAAGAUGCCCACAUCAGAGUCAGGACAAAAAGAAGAUACGAAAUCACCUUCAGUUUCUGAGACAGAUUCAACUAACCUAUCAAAAUUCUUGGGUGCAGUUCCUUCUCAUGAAAGAGCAAGGGAACUUAAAAAAUAUCACUGUGAACAACUUACAGCAAAAAUAAAACAAAUGAAAAAUAAGUUUUGUGUACUACAAAAGGAACUAUCAGAAGCAAAAAUAAAAUUGCAGUAAGUGAAUCAAAAGGUUAAAUGUGAACAAGAGCUCUGCAGUGUGAGCUUGGAAUGAAGUUGAUAAUAGUGAGACCUUGUAGGUACAAGACUAUGUAACACAACCUGCACUUCUCAACAAAAAAUUGCUUUUCUGACUUCUGCACUCA